AUGUCUGCUGUGACAGAGCCCGAACUGAAAGCGGGUCAUCUCCCCGCGGAACGUGUUGGAGGACGUAGAGUUGUGAAUAAAAAGGAUCGUCGUCAGUCGGAAACUGAGCGAACUUCAUCGGAAAGUUCGGAUGAAGCUGGACGUGAGGUCGUGGAAAGGGAUAGCAGUUUACCAGCGCAGAUGGAGAAAUCAUAUCCGACAAGUGCAGUGAGACAAUUUCAUGACAAACCAAUACCAACUCAUCAGGCUCACUACAAUCAUCCUCCGUCUCACACCAGUGGUAAUGUCUUUCAACCAAGGAAAAACUGUUAG